AUGAAGGUGAAUAAAAAUUAUAUGAAUAUGAGGAUUCCUACUCAAAAUUAUGAUAAGGAAGUACUUCCAACAUAGGCUGAUGAAGGAAUAGGUUCCAGAGUCCAUACAGUUGGAUCUAUGAAAGAAAAUGAAUACCAAAAGAAGUAGUAAUAAAAGUAGUAAGCUGGCAACUAUACUUAUACCAUUGUUGGAGAUGAAGAUAAAGUAGUUGGAAGUGGUACAUUUGGAGUUGUGUAUUAAGCAACCACUAAAGAAACAGGAGAAGUUGUUGCUAUCAAAAAAGUUUUCCAAGACAAAAGGUACAAAAAUAGAGAAUUGCAAAUGAUGAAAGAAAUCGGUAACCACCCUAACGUUAUCAAACUAAGAAAUCAUUAUUACUCUUAUGGAAAUAGUACUGAUGAUGUUUAUUUGCAUUUGGUAAUGGACUUUGUUCCAGAGACCCUCUACAAAAUGAUUAAAUAUUACAGCAAAAAACACAAAGGAAAUUUCCCUAAUAUAUUACUUAAAUACUAUUCUUACUAAAUGCUUAGAUCUCUUGCCUAUAUUCAUGGAAUUAACAUUUGUCAUAGAGAUAUAAAACCUCAAAAUAUAUUAGUUGAUCCAAGAAAUCACAAUCUUAAAAUGUGCGAUUUUGGUUCUGCAAAAAAACUUGUCCCAGGUGAAUCCAACAUUUCCUACAUUUGUAGCAGGUGCUAUAGAGCUCCAGAGUUAAUGUUUUAAGCAACUCAAUACACUCAUGCUAUUGAUGUCUGGUCAGUAGGAUGUGUGAUAGCUGAAAUGGUAUUAGGAUAGCCCAUAUUCAUAGGAGAAUCUAGUGUUGAUUAGCUCAUUGAAAUAAUAAAAGUGUUAGGUACACCAACUUAAUAACAAAUAUUUGCAAUGAAUCCUGAUCACCAAGGUACUAAAAUGCCUAAUAUUAAGCCUACUCCUUGGACUAAAGUUUUCUAAAAUUGUAGAAUUGAUCCCCUUGCUAUUGAUUUGAUAUCUAAGAUCUUAGUUUAUAACCCAGAAAAACGUUUAAAACCCUUAGAAGCAUUAUUACAUCCUUUCUUUGAGGAAUUAAGAAAUCCCAAAUGCAGGAUCAAUGGAAAACCACUCGAUAAUCUGUUUAACUUCACAGAAGCUGAAAUAGGCCCAAAUGAGGAAUUGCUAUAAAGGCUUAUUCCUGACUGGUAUGUCUAACAGCUUACUGAAGCAUAAAAUCAAUACUGA